UUCCGAGAGAAGCGCAUGGCUUGGGGGAGAGAAGUAUGCACGCAGUCGAACAGCGCCUGUUGAGUGUGGGACGUCUACUACAAUACCGUCUCUCCCCUCCUCAAGACAAGAUUUUAUAGGCUCAGUGUGGAAGGGCCUUUAUGCAUUAAAACCAAUAAUGUGAGAACCCGAUGCAGACCUCGUGUCAUGGACGUUUAAUUGUAACAACAGCUCCAUUUGAUUUGUGUCGUACAUUUUCUUAACCGGCGGUGAAAUCAUCGAUUCACACUAACCUACUGAUACCUGGAUUGAGAUGCGGCAAUGUUCCGAGCAAUAUGCACACGUGUAAACUUCUGCUGGAUUUGGCUGGCUGUUCUGUUUCUGCUGAAAGUAGAGGAUGUUGGCGCGUACAGCUGUCAUGAGGUGAAGACCGCUUUCCAGGUGCGACAGAUCGGUCCGCUGAAGUGGGUACCGGAGACACCUGGAACAGAUGUGGACCUGUUGGUGUGUAAGCACCAGGGCCCGUCCUGCUGCACUCGCAAGAUGGAGGAGAGCUACCAGGAGGCGGUGAGACGAGAGACCCUCCAGAAUGUCCGCUCCUACAGCUUCGAGCUGAAGUACCUCAUCUCCGGCCACGCCAUUGCCUUCCAGGACACCUUCCAGUACCUGCUCUCCUUCUCCCAGGGCCACCUAUCCUCCCUGCUAGAGGACACAUACUCGCCCCUCUCCCGGGAGGCCCUCCCCCAUGUCAACGCCCUGUUCUCCUCCCUCUCCCUCUACAUCCGCGGACACAACCUCUCCCUCGAAGCUGCCGUGGCCCGUUUCCACGACAACCUCUUCCCGCUCGUCUACGGGCGCCUGGUCAACCCGGGCGUGGGCGUCCAGGGUGGUUUGUCCGGCGAGCGGGGCGAGUGUCUCCGCGCCACACGGCAGGACGUCAACCCAUUCGGCCCUCACCCCGAAAUGCUCGCACAGGAAUUGGGGCGCACCCUGGGCGCCGGGCGAGCCUUAUCCCUGGCCCUCGCCGAGGGCACCGAAGUCAUGAACGCCACCGAACACGUUUCCUUCACCAAAGAGUGUUUACGUGGCUUGACCAAGAUGCAGUACUGCUCGCACUGCCGCGGGCUGACGCUGAUCAAGCCGUGCGCGGGCUACUGCCUGAACGUGAUGCGCGGGUGCUUGGCGAGCGUGGCCGAGCUGGACGGGCCGUGGCGGCGGUAUGUGGCGGCUCUGGAGGAGCUGACCAAUGCUGUGGCCGGACAACACAGCCUGGAACUGGCCCUGCUUGGAGUCAGGGGGCGCGUGAAUGAGGCCAUACUACACGCUCAGCUCCAUGGGCCCACGCUGACCGCUACGGUGGACAAAGUGUGUGGUCGGUCAGCCAAGGAGCCCCGCACCAGCGUCCACCCUGACCCCGCCCCGGAGGUCACAACCUCCACGGUGACAUCAUCGACCGUCCCUCCCUCCGACCCCCCCUCCAUCCCCCCACCAGAACAGCUGAUGGGACAACUUGCCCACCUGAGGAGUUCAUUCCCCCUGAAACCCUCCAAGAACGAUAAACCUAGAAGUCUGAAAAAGAUCUCUAGGGAGUUUCUGAGCUACAUCCAGCGCUAUAAGUCAUUCUUUGCCGUGCUUCCAGAGAUGCUGUGUGAGGGAGAGAUGGUGGUGGACGACUUUACCUGCUGGAGCGGAGACGACGUGGUGGAGAGUUAUACAGGCAGAGUGGUGGGGAACGGUCUCCAGGCCCAGAAGCAGAACCCCGAGGUCAAAGUUCGCAGCCCAAGCCCCGAACUGGCCGAGGUGAAGGAAAGCCUGGAGCGCUUCAACCAGGAGAUUCAGGACAUGCUGCCAGGGCUGGGCCAGAGCGAGUCCUGGGGGGAGCUGGGUAGUGGCGACACAGAGGAUGGCAGCGGAGACUGUGACGAUGAAGACGGGUGUCAAGGGUCUGGAACGGGGAUGGUCAGGAGCUCCCCUGAUGGUCGACCAGAGGUUUCCAGCGACAAACCUGUAGGAAGUAACCCUGGUGGUCGUGCUCCCCCGGUGGUGAGGCUGAGAGGUGCAGGGUGCCCCCCUGCCUGUCUGUCUCUAUCCACGGCCCUCACCCUCCUCCUGGUCACUCUGGCUCUACAGUGGAGCAUGCUGUGAUCAAAUCAUUGUGCCCCCUACUGACCUGGCCCCAUCCACACACACAGUGGAGACUACACCCCUACACCACCUCCUAUGUACCCCAACCCCAAUGCACAGACUGGACUGGGGUAGAGGAAGGAGGAUGGGUGAAGAAAUGCGAAGAGGACGGAGAGAGAGGGAGGAGGGGGUGAAGAGAGAAGGAGAGAGAGAGAGAUGUGUGUGUGUGGGGGGGGCUCCUCACAGGCAGAUUGUUACAGUACUCAGCCUGCUGCUUCCUGUGUGUAUGCUGUGGACUAGUCUCCCUCCACAGCUCUCCUGCUCUCUGCUUUAACAAUGCACUCACAUUCUCUACCACUGGGACGGACUACCACAUGGUGGGACGGCCUACCACGCGGUGGGACGGACUACCACGCGGUGGGACGGACUACCACGCGGUGGGACCGACUACCACGCGGUGGGACGGACUACCACGCUGUGGGACGGACUACCACGCACUGGGACGGACUACCACGCGGUGGGAUGGACUACCACGCUGUGGGACGGACUACCACGCACUGGGACGGACUACCACGCACUGGGACGGACUACCACGCGGUGGGACGGACUACCACGCGGUGGGACGGACUACCACGCUGUGGGACGGACUACCACGCACUGGGACGGACUACCACGCGGUGGGACGGACUACCACGCGGUGGGACGGACUACCACGCUGUGGGACGGACUACCACGCGGUGGGACGGACUACCACGCGGUGGGACGGACUACCACGCGGUGGGACGGACUACCACGCACUGGGACGGACUACCACGCACUGGGACGGACUACCACGCGGGACUUCUGGGCCUCAAUAUGCAAAACUCGCUCACAUACUCACGUGCACGCUUUCACACACACACACACACACACACCUAAACUAACGCAUAUGCAGGCAAGCAUGCAUACACUUGCGCACGCACACAUUUUUCAAUCUGCUGCUGGUUUUCUGUGUUGUCAGCUACAGUACUUACCUCUGUGGAUACUUUUCAUCUUUAGCCAAUCUUCUCCCGGGUUUUAACGCCAUUGGGCAGAGUUCUCUCGGCUGUUUAUAUGCUCUAAAGGAUUAACACAUAUAAGAAAUGCAUGUCGGAUGAAUAAUACAAUCCCUUUCCCACCAGGCCAGCGUAGCCGAUUGGACCCACUCUAAUUGAUUCAUCCUAAUCCACGUCAUCAUUUUGUAUUGCCUGUUGCUGCAGGAUUAUUUUCCUUCUGUGGCAAACUGACUCAGAUGAGGACCCCAUGUCUGAAUGCAACAGUAGAACGUAUCGAUCUCAUUGGUAGAGAAAGGGCAGGGAACGCACACGCUCAUCAGACGCGGCAUGCGUGUGUGGGUGGCCGUGUAGCGUGUAUAGACCGAUUGAUUUGUUUGGGUAGAUUUAGAUAUCGUUCUAUCGAGCUCUCCCAACAUCAGCCCUUUACCGAUAGAGUUGAAUGGACGAAACGUGCCUGAACUAGAUUCUAUUUUUGUUUCUAUGUUCGUUUCCUGAAUAGCUUUGAAUGAACUGUGCUUGUCCCCAGAUUAAAUGCAACGCAAUGCAAUAGUAUCAGAGAUAUAUUUUGUAUCACGACUAUACCAAGAAUGUCCACGUGUCUUUUGGUACACCAACAUGCUACGUGAAGUGUUGGCCACCUCCUUUCACCAGAAACCAUCGGUCAAAGCCUGUUUGUACAUUGUCGAUUCACUAUUGUGCGUCCACUUUCGUUGUUGUUGUCUGCGUUUCGCUCUUUGAAUUGCACAUAUGCAUGUCUACCCUUCGUAGUUCUCAUUGUUUUGUUACGUUAGUAACUUGAGACCGUGUACUGUAUUACAUUGCAACAGUCUGUUACCUCUACGGGAAAAGAAAAGCAACAACAUUUCAUGCUACUCUGCACCUCUCUGUUUCAUCUCCCUCUCUCGCUCAUCUGUCUCUCUUUUCCAUAACCCAUUCAAUUGCUUUAGUUCUGUUUGGACAAGGUGAUCAAAAGAUGUAACCAGCUUAUUCUACAGUUACCAUAUUAACCCAUAUUUAGGAUAACGAGCGUUGGACAAUACAUUAUAUCACUCAUGCAGAAACAUACACAAUGCAGUUACAUACACGGCAGGGCAUUUCUAUCGCUUCGUCAAGAUAUUCAGUCAAACUUGUUGUUUGAUUUAAUAUUUUGAUUAAAGUCUUUUUUAUUUUUUAACAUUUUUAGAAGGGAAUGUUUCUUCGGUUGGUACCGUAGAGGUUUGUACACUUGGAAGUGAUUAAAACCAGCAGAAUGAAUGUCUCAAAAAACACAGAUGUUUAUACUGUUAAGGCCAGUCGGUUUCUGCUGACCACGGGAUCUGACGAGUAAAAAACGAUGCUACAUUUAGCCUACACCUGGUUCAUGUUCAAUAGGAAAGUGAAAAUGAGACGUUAUCAUGACCUCUCUUAAAAAAAUGUAACGUUUUUUUUUUCUCGCUGCCUAAAUGAACACAACCCUCGCCUCCUCUUUCUGCUGACAAGGGCGUGACCUAUAUCGGGCGAAAAGUACUUCACUGUGUCUCCAAAGUUGGAGUGGUGCAUUGCUUCCCGCGGCAUCUGUAUUGAACUGAGUUGGCCUCACGCAAAGUUGGCCGACAGACAUUUUGUUUUCAGGCCACAUUCAGAGCUGUACUGCCGACACACCACCUGAUUCACUGUCCUCUCUGCCGCAUUUCCCAUCUACCGUUUCUUUAACUCGCAUCCAAUGCAUUCAGAUCACUUCCUAUAGCAUGUGUAUAAAUGUAUAUAUUUUAAGUCCCUCUCCAUUUUGUGGUUUCAUUUCUUUUCUUUUAUAUUGGACACAUCACAGUGUAAGAAAUGUGGUGUUGUAAAGGUAUAUCACAUUUAUUCUACUAUAAUGCUGGACUGAAGAUUUCCCCCCCCAUCAGCAAGAUUACUAUCGUAAUGGCCAUUGAGUGUGAAUGCAACAACUGACAACUGAUAUUGGCUCUUUCUCAAUUCAUCUUUCUCCUAUUCAUUGUCAUCCUCUCGCCACGCCUCCUUCUCAAACCGCUUUGAAGAAGGAAGCGAGCGGAGGGACCUUGGACCUUCUCCAAUAGGGUUGAGAAGGUGGUGAGGAAUCCCGGGAAGGACUAGUUAAGAUAGAGCCGUUGUUCUCAUCCUAUGUGACUUAUUCCUUAUUAAAGGGCUCCCACUGUUA